AUGACAAGCAGGAACCGCGAACCUCGCUCACGCGCUGCAUCUCUUGUCCGCGCCGCGCGUUCUGCCACCAGCUCUCGUUCCCGCUCUCGUGCAUCUACUCCAGGCUCUCUUGACCUCACUGAUAGUACGUCCGCGGCUGGAUCUACGUCUGGAGACAGGAAGCGAAAGCAUAGAUCGGCCAGCCUUCCAAGGCAAUCCAAACGAUCACGCAGGAUUGCUGCCAUACAGGCCGCGCCUGACGAACUCGAAGCCGGUCCAUCUUCGGCGGGAAAGACGCAGGCUGAAGCUGGUCUUUCUGGCGAGGGCCCCGAAGAAGUUGGCUUUGACCUGACAGUCGCCGACGUGCCGGAGCAGUACGCCGACGUCGAGACAUUGCCCGACAUAGGGCUGGGGGUCGUUGACAGGGCCCCCUCUCCUUCUACCAACGCGAAGGGGAAACAGCGCGCCGCCACGCGCACACCGACACCCGAGACCAAAGCGGAGCCCGCUGAGCCCGCGCCACCGCCCAAGCAGACGCCCCUCGCCGAAUAUACUUGCCCAAUAUGCUUCUUCGCGCCGACGAAUGCGACUCUGACUCCCUGCGGCCAUAUCUGCUGUGGGAGCUGUCUGUUUACGGCCGUCAAGACCGCGAUGUUGCGUGCGGCGCAUACGCCGGAAGGAUUGGAGGCAAAGUGCCCCGUCUGCCGUGCCACAAUCCCAGGCUGGGAUGGUCGUGGUGGAGGCGUGAUCGGUCUCAAGUUACGGUCGAAGGUCACUAUAAGUCUCUAA